AUGGAUCGAGGAGAAGAUGAUUCGCUUGAGACUUACAGCGAUGCAAAGACCAUAACAUCCAAGUUUGUGCGACACCAGGCCUUUCAGACCCAUCAAUGGGAGGAACUCGAAAAGACCACCGAAGAUCUGAGCCAACCACAAAUUGUGCUAAACUGGACAGAAAGGAUUAUCCAAGAAGGUCAAAAAAACUUCUACUCAAAUCUAGCAUUUGCUCGUGCGGUUGCACUAUGUAACCAUCGACACACCUGUUUCUUUGAAGUCCAUCUUACUGGGACCCAGCCUGUGACUGGCCAAAUCAAAGGCGCUCAGUUUCAGAACGUACCUUCUGAAAAGGUAAUUCUUUAUAACCCAUGCUGCGUGCGGUUGCACAACUCAGCCUUCGAAGACUUGGAUUCGAAAGUAGGACUCGAUCAACUCGGAGCCGCCGCUCUCUGUCCAUCUCCAUUAUGCACUGCAUCCCUCGUCGGGUACUGGUAUUGCAUAAAGGAACUGCAAGCUGUAGAAGGUCUUACCACCGUGAAUAUCGAGUUCGUACAAACUGCUAUGUGUCUUGUCAAGCAACUCUGGCAUGAAAUGUCAGACAGCAUGUUUACGUUAAAAGCACAUAAUCUAUUUGACCAUUGCGUUCUCGAAGAAGUUGAACUAUACGGCAGUCCUUAUGUAUGGAGCGCAGCCCCAUUCGAAUCUAUUCACCGCAUUCUGCAAGUUCCGCAUAAUCAGCUAGGAAACGCAGUGCAGGCAAGCCGGUCUCUUGAAAACUGCCGAAGUAUAGGAGAAUGUCACAAGGUAAUCACUCCCAACAAUCGCGAACAGCCGAGGGUCGGUGAACGCUUGACGAACACUUGCGAUCCUAUAGAAGCUAUUAAAGAAUCCCUUGGGAAGCCUGUGGGAACUUCCGACUUCGCUUCAGCGCUGUAUGCUUUUUUUUUCGAAGAAAUCGUCGACGUUAAGUCGGGCUUCUGUAGAGACACCGUUACACCACUACUUUUUAAAAAGAUCUCGGAACUUUCAGGAAAUUUUACAUCAUUGCUCAAGCGCGACUCAGUGUAUCUCAUCGUCAGUGCGGUUGCACAUCACCACUAUCAGCAGUAUAAAUUAAGGUUCAACUACAACAUUUCAAAGUGCAUUAACUCAAGACAGACAGGAUUAUCCAAGAAGGUCAAAAAAACUUCUACUCAAAUCUAG